AUGGCGAAUUUGAAACGACGUAAAAGUUUAGGAUCUAUUUUAUUCCGCCGGAAAAAUAACAAUACCCGGGGAAGAAGAAUGAGCACAACAUCAAGAAGGUCCGCAUCAAUUUCAUCAAAUCAAUUUGCUAUAGAAUCGUGAGUUAUGGCUUUAAACUUGGGAAACAAAACUUUGGAGAAAAAAAAGAAAAAUAAAUGACUAUCGUAGUUUUUCAAAGAGACAAGAGAAACAGAAAAUGGGUCUCGCCGCGACACACAACAGAAGAGCGAGGGAAAAGCUACGGUAGCAAACAAGUUUGAAAAAAAAUAUUUUCGUUUUUUUUUCUUCAAAUUUUCUAAAUUUUUACACGUUUUCUUUGUUUGAAACACGUGAAAUGGAUCCACCUUCUCAUUUCGAUGUUUAAAAAUGUAUGAAAGUGAUUGGACAUCUCAUUGUUGUUCACCCAUCUCUCAAAAAUCUCCUAUUCUAAGCUGGCCAACUCAAAAAUCAUCGCCAAAGUAUUUAGAGCGUCUAUAAUACUCUCAGGAAUAUUUUCUAAUUCCAGAAAUAGCGAAAAAUCAGGAUGGCUUCAAAAAUGGACAAAUUAUAUAAAAGGAUAUCGCCAGCGUUGGUUUGUACUGGAUUCGAAUGGCAUGUUGAGUUAUUACAGGUUAGUUUUUCCCUCACUCGGGCAUUUUUUUGAGUUACAAAAAAAUGGGAAGUUUUUAAAAAUAACAAAAAAACUUGUUUCUUAUCUGAUUUCUUCUUUUUUUUCGCCCUAGGAAUACAGUAUUUGUACUUUUUCUAUUUAUUCGUUUAUGAGUAAAUAUAAAUAUGUAGUUUGCAAGUUUUUUAUAGGCUGGCUGGAUUCGAAACGUUUUAUGCGUUUUUCCUCACUUCAGCAAACACUUUUUGAAUAUUAUUUUUUGUAAGAAAAUUUUAAUUUUUCAAAUGCAGAAAAAAACGAAAAACAAAAUAUACAGAAUAUUAUUUUGAUGAGACAUCACAGUUUAGGAAAAAAUACAAAAAUAAAUGCAUAUUUUGUAUUUUCGACUUUUUUCUGCAUUAAAAAUAUAUUUUUGCUUCCCGAACAUGGGGCUAAUAACACAACUGAAAAAAACAAUUACCAAAAAUUGUGAUUUUCGUACAAUUUUCGGGUUUCACGAAGUUUUGUUUAGCGCAUCCAGCCUAGUUACUUGCCCAGGCUGAUCUUGACCCGAACAAGAACCUAACCCGGGCUUUUGUGCAGGAUUUGAGCUCGCCCAAAACUAUCAAAAAUUUGUUUCUCGUUUCUAAUUUUAAUUACACCUUUGAAAAUGUUCCAAACAUUCUAUAUUUCAUACAUUCGGUUUUUCCUACACACACAUAUCAUUAUCCAGUUGAUCGAUCUAAUCUUGUCUGACCUCCUCUCCAAUUCUUCUCGCCUUUCCUCCUUUUCUUUUUUUUCUUGGCGAAAAACUCAUCCACCUAUCUACCUCGAUUCGAUUGUAUAACAGUUUUCCUUCGUUUUUUCCAUCUCUCCGUCUCUAUUUACACACACACUCUUUUUUUUGGGCACGAUCAAAUGCAAACGCAUUUAAAUAUUUGAUUAUUGAUUUUUUUUCAAAAAUUUUUUAACAUGAGUCAUGGUUUUUAUUGACCAACGUUUUUUGUCUUGAACAGAGUAUUGUAGUUUGUUUUUUGUUAUCUAGAGUCGCAUAUAUUGAGAGACGUCAAUUCGAGAAAAAAAGUUUGAAGAAAAAACUUCUGGAGAGAAUUUGUAGGCGUGGCUUAAAUUCAAACAUCGUAUAGUUCUUUUCUCUAACGUAAGUAAUUAUUAUUUCGAGCCAAGAAGGAGUCUAAAGUUACAAAAACCGUGCGGUAGUUGCAUUUAGGCCACGCCCAGAAAUCUUUUCCAGCGGGAAUUUGAAUUAUUUUCUAUCUAAUUAUACUCGUUUUUUGUCGAUUUCUCUCAUCUCGAUAUCAUUUUGCAGGCUAAUAUCAUUCGCCAUAACAACUUUUUUCUCUCGCUUAUUUCAUCCUCGAAUUGUUUCAUUUUCGCCUCUUAUCUUCUGCUAACAACAUAAAAAAUGUUGAUUUGAUUUGUCACUUAUUCUUUUUCUUCGAUUCGAUUUUUUUUUGUUGCCCGUACUUUUUUUGCCUGAUAAAAAUGGGCGGCGCUAACAAAAAAAAUAAUAUCGAUUCCGAAAAUGAGGGACAUUAUCAGAGAAAACAGUGGAAAUUGCUGCGACGAAUGGGAACAUUGCGUGGACGACUACGAAAAGCGAGGAAGCAUUUCACGGGGUGCGCAUUUCCGGUCAGAAGAAAGACACGGUUUUCGAAUGGAGAUUCGAAGUUUUAUGAUGAUGAAGAUGGAGAAAGUGAUAUUUAUCAAUCUGCUGUUGAUGUCAGGUAUUAUAUUAUUUGAUGUUCUGAAAUUCUGCUCUCUGAAAUCUCUGAAAUAUAUAGUAAUAUAAAAAGGGAAAAGGGCAACAUUUUCAAUCGAAUUUUUGAAAUAUCUCAUUUUUCUUACAGAAGUCCCAAUGAAGUUGGACACACUUGUCGUGGAAGUGUUAAUAUGCAAGAAGCUCGAUUACUUCUUGACAAAGUUAGUUUUUCCUUCCCCCUAAAUUUAUCUAGCAAAAAAUGAUAAUUUUCAGUCGACAAGUGCAAUUGUGAUAUCUGCAGCAUCUCAAACAUUCCACGUGAAAGCGCAUAAUGAGGAGGAUAAAAAACAAUGGAUUCAAAAAUUGAAUUAUGCACGACAUAAUGCGAUAACAAGAGCUGAGAAUGGUAAGUUGGUCGUAUUUUGUUGCUGAUUAUGGUGGUUGAAGGUAUACGAUUUAAUUUGCCACACAUAAACACCUAUACAUUUCGAAAAAUAUGAAAAAACCAUGAACAAAAUUUUGCAGAAGAAGCUGAAGAUGCUCGAUUGAGUUCUGCUGAUUUAACCAGAUCCGAUGUUCUUUUGAGUUCAACAAAAGAAUUGGUGGAAAAAAUCGAACGAAUCGAAAAAAGCGGUUCGAAUGUGGCGUAAGUUCAGACUGAACUUUUUCCUUCUUUUUCGUUUUGUUAUCUAUCAUUUUUCUAGAUAA